AAUAAAAAUAAAGCGGGACUCAAAUAAAGCGGUAUUUAUAACCAAAAAUGGAGGCGCGCAUUGUCUUCCUAUCAGAAAAUAAGUGUUUCUUUAGGAUUUAAGGAAUUUCAUGGCCUGGUCUCAAGGUUUUGACGAGAUCCGUCUUCUUAUUGCGCCGGACAAUGGUUCGACUAGCAAUGGGGUUGGACGUUUGCUCUCACUUCGGCAUCCCAAAACUGGAAAUGCUACUUGCUAUGUUCUCGUUGAUGACGUCCUUCAAGAAAUGCAUUGGUUUAAGCAGCCAUACACUUCUUGGUUUCUGGGGGAUUAUGUUACUGAAGAUGGCCGUCUAUAUACUGCCACUUCAGUUGAUCCUAUAUUCAUAUUUUUGCCCAUAUUUGAGGAGGGUAGAAUGAAGAAGGGAGAUGAUCUUGGAAAGUUCAGGCAAUUAGAUGAGAUAAUGUUAAUUGAUGGCUUUCCUGGAUAUCAACAUUUAUUAUCUAUUGCAGAGAACUCCAUGCAACUGGUCUGUGAAGUGAAAGAAAUUGGAUCAUCAAAAUUUUUUAGGCUUGAUGAUUCCAAGGUUAUAAGUUGGUUAUACCACAAGGUAUGUCAGCUAAAACAGACACUAUUGACUUUGGACAAAAACUAUGCAGCUCAAGAUGAGAAAGAUACAUUAUCUGAUGCAGUUUCGAUAUUGGGGGAGUAUGUAAACGAUGAUCCUUGGUUGGAGCUUCUAUGUAGCCAUUUGAGGCUAAACUUAUCAGAGGUUAUGAGGAAAGAACCAGAGAAACAUGUACCACAUGCUGUAGGGAGCGACAUAGGCUCAUCCAUUUCACAGGAGAAGAAUAAGAUUAACAGUAGAACUACAAGAGCUGGAAAGCAAACUAAGAAGGCAAAAGUGGAGACAGAAUCCCAUAACAUUAUGGAAAUGUUUUCUAGAGCUUCCAGAAGGAAGAAGUAAAAGACUAUUUAACCAGAUAACAAAAGAAAAGUAGCUGAGUAAUUGUUUUCUAGAGGCUUUAGAGGACUCUUAUUAGUAGACCUCUGUUCUGUAUAUUGUUUUGGCAUGUUGUAAUGAGCCUUAGUUUUCAUCGUCUCACAUUCAACGUUAAUUAUAAACUUGCGUAAAUUAUAAAUAUGGAUAUUUGGAUAUUGAUUUAUCAGAAGGAAAUUUAUAUUUUCUAUCUCUA